GUUAUAUUUAUAGGGCCUAUUUAUAAGCCUCUAUUUAAAUCUUUUCUGAUAGGCCCAGCCGCAGGUCCAGACACAAUUGUGAUUGGUGUACGUUUCUGUCCUUCAAAGAGGCGGGUUCAAGAGUCCGUUUUGCUUCAGCGGGUACUGGGAUUGGCUGUCAGCGGCAGAGAGGCGUCCUUGAUUGGUCGUGCGGGCCGUCUGUCUGCAACGAGGAGGCGGGGCAGGCGGCUGGCUGGUGCUGAGCGGGCGGGCCCCGGAAUUGUCAUUUCUUUGUUUCCGAAGGCGGAGGAGGCUCAGACCCCCCCACCGUGGCACCCCCCCUCCCCCCCGGGUGCUGGCUCCAUGUCUGCGUGACCGGCCCCAGGGGUAGAGUGCAGGCCCGACGCGGGGCGGGCCGGUGGCUGCGGCGGCUGAGGUGAGAGGCGGCGGCGGCGCGGGCAUAGUAAACAAUCAGUGUGAAUUAAUAUGAAGUGAAUUCAUUGUUGAAUGAAGAUCCAUUUUACUGCCAGCUCUUGGAAGUUGAAUUCUCUUACCCAGAAGAUUAAUAAUAAAUACCCUGUUACAUUUUUAUAUCUGAAAUUCCUGGUAGUGUGGGCACUUGUCCUCCUUGCAGAUUUUGUCCUGGAGUUCAGAUUUGAAUACCUGUGGCCAUUCUGGCUUUUCAUCAGAAGCGUCUAUGAUUCCUUCAGAUACCAGGGACUGGCCUUCUCAGUAUUUUUUGUUUGUGUAGCAUUCACAUCAAAUAUAAUAUGUCUGCUCUUCAUUCCCAUACAAUGGCUUUUUUUUGCUGCUAGCACAUAUGUAUGGGUUCAGUAUGUAUGGCACACAGAAAGGGGAGUGUGUUUGCCUACAGUGUCCCUCUGGAUACUCUUUGUUUAUAUUGAAGCAGCAAUUAGAUUUAAAGAUCUCAAAAAUUUUCAUGUAGACCUUUGUCGUCCAUUUGCUGCUCACUGUAUUGGGUACCCUGUGGUGACUUUGGGCUUUGGCUUCAAAAGUUAUGUGAGCUACAAAAUGAGAUUAAGGAAGCAGAAGGAAGUGCAAAAGGAGAACGAAUUUUACAUGCAGCUGCUUCAGCAGGCUCUCCCUCCAGAGCAACAGAUGCUACAGAAGCAAGAGAAAGAGGCCGAGGAAGCAGCCAAAGGAUUACCUGAUAUGGAUUCCUCGAUCCUUAUACACCACAACGGAGGCAUCCCAGCCAACAAAAAACUGUCCACAACUUUGCCAGAGAUAGAAUAUCGAGAAAAAGGGAAAGAAAAGGACAAGGAUGCCAAAAAACACAACCUUGGAAUAAAUAACAACAAUAUUCUACAACCUGUAGACUCUAAAAUACAAGAAAUCGAGUAUAUGGAAAACCAUAUUAAUAGUAAAAGAUUAAAUAAUGAUCUUGUGGGAAGUACAGAAAAUCUUUUGAAAGAGGACUCAUGUACUGCUUCCUCAAAAAAUUACAAAAAUGCCAGCGGAGUUGUAAACUCCUCCCCUCGAAGUCACAGCGCCACAAACGGGAGCAUUCCUUCCUCAUCUAGUAAAAACGAGAAGAAGCAGAAGUGCACUAGCAAGAGCCCAAGUACACAUAAGGACCUCAUGGAAAAUUGUAUUCCUAAUAACCAGCUAAGCAAGCCAGAUGCACUGGUAAGGCUGGAACAAGACAUUAAAAAGUUAAAGGCUGACUUGCAAGCGAGCAGGCAAGUAGAACAGGAGCUCCGCAGUCAGAUCAGCUCCCUCUCAAGCACCGAACGAGGGAUCCGCUCAGAAAUGGGCCAGCUCCGGCAGGAGAAUGAGCUGCUGCAGAACAAGUUACAUAAUGCUGUGCAAAUGAAACAAAAAGACAAGCAGAAUAUCAGCCAGCUGGAGAAAAAGCUCAAAGCUGAGCAAGAAGCCCGAAGUUUUGUAGAAAAACAGUUAAUGGAGGAGAAAAAAAGGAAGAAGUUAGAAGAAGCCACAGCUGCCCGAGCUGUUGCAUUUGCUGCUGCAUCUAGGGGAGAAUGUACUGAAACCUUACGGAAUCGCAUCAGAGAACUAGAAGCAGAGGGCAAGAAGCUCACAAUGGACAUGAAGGUGAAAGAAGACCAGAUCAGAGAGCUAGAACUGAAAGUUCAGGAGCUUCGGAAAUACAAGGAAAAUGAAAAGGACACCGAGGUGUUAAUGUCAGCCCUCUCUGCCAUGCAAGACAAGACGCAGCACCUGGAGAACAGCCUGAGCGCAGAGACAAGAAUCAAGCUGGACCUGUUCUCUGCACUGGGUGAUGCAAAGCGACAGCUCGAGAUUGCCCAGGGACAAAUCCUUCAAAAAGACCAGGAAAUCAAGGACCUAAAACAGAAGAUAGCCGAAGUCAUGGCCGUCAUGCCCAGCAUAACGUACAGCGCUGCCACCAGCCCCCUGAGCCCCGUCUCCCCCCACUACUCUUCCAAGUUUGUGGAGACCAGCCCCUCCGGACUGGACCCCAACGCCUCUGUCUACCAGCCCCUGAAGAAGUGAAGGCCACUGUGCGUUGGCCCAACCGUGCGGUUUACCAAAAGGCCUCACAAAGCAGCAUCUCUGGCAGUCAAGAUAAAAAGUUUAUAUUGUACUUUGUGGGACUGUACAUGUUGUCAUUUUUAAAAAGGGGGGAGGUGACAUCCAGGUCUGAUUAGAACUGCCCGUCAGUUGUUCUUGUAAAUUUUUUAGAAGACCUCACAGAACUUUGCAGUUUAUUUUUCUCGGCCAACACAUUAAAACCAUUCUUGGAUUUCAAGUA